AUGGGAGAUAUAAUUGAACAGCCGGUACGAUCGACAUUUGUGGCUCAUGUGUAUCCAAGUCUGGAUAUUCAACUACAGAAAUUUUGGGAGACUGAGGAAUGUACUCUUCAGGGUAAGAUUGUUAGCCCUGAUGAGGAAAAAGCCGAAAAACAUUACAUGGAUACUGUUCAACGACUGCAUGAUGGAAGAUAUAUGGUGAGGCUACCAUUUAAAAACGAUUCUAUAGAACUUGGGGAAUCUAAACUUGCGGCAAUGAAGAGACUUCAAUCUAUGGAACGGAGGUUUAUGAAAAAUGAAGACCUAAAGGUUGAAUUUCUGAAGUUCAUGGACGAGUAUAAAGAGCUGAACCAUAUGGAAACUACACCAAGUGACAUCAAAGCAGCUUAUUAUAUGCCUCAUCACGCGGUCCUAAAGCCAACAAGCACUACCACCAAGCUACGUGUUGUGUUUGAUGCUUCGUGCAAGAGCUCAAACGAUUUGUCAUUGAAUGAUCAUCUGUUAGUUGGACCUACCAUUCAAAAUGAUUUAUUUACGAUUUUACUGAAAUUUCGGAAAUUUGAAAUUGGAUUUAGUGCAGAUGUCGAGAAAAUGUAUCGACAGGUGUUGAUACACCCCGAGGACAGGCCAUACCAAUGCAUCUUAUGGCGUAAGUCACCAUUGGAGGAACCUGAAACAUACCAGCUUCGAACUAUUACUUAUGGAACUGCCGCAGCACCAUUCUUGGCCACACGCACUUUGAAACAGGUUGCAAUUGAUAACUCUACAACACAUCCAGAUGUUUCAUAUGAAAUUGACAACAAUUUUUACGUUGACGAUUAUAUGUCCUGUGCGCCAGAUAUUGAAACGGCGAACUCAAUGCGUAAAAAUCUCUGUUCCGUAUUGUCAAGUGCAGGUUUUAACCUGCGAAAAUGGGCGUCAAAUUCACAUGAAUUUCAGGAGCCCAUUGGAGUAAAAGACAGAGAUCUAUCAUCAUCUGCAAUUAUAAACGACUCUGGAACAGUGAAAACAUUAGGUUUAUUGUGGAAUACUGAGUCUGACUGUUUCCAAUACAGCAUAUGUUUCCAGGAACAUUCCGAUGUAAUAACCAAAAGACAGGUACUUUCUGACAUUUCUAAGGUCUACGAUCCCAUUGGAUGGCUAUCACCAGUGAUAAUAACGUUGAAAAUAUUCAUGCAAAAACUCUGGCUUAAGGGUGUAAGUUGGGAUCAGGAUUUGCCCAGCCCUCUAAAGAAUGAAUGGCUUAAACUACAGAAUGAUAUGCAGCACAUCAAGGAUUUGAAAAUACCUAGAUGGUUCAACUUUCAGAUGGGAGAUAUUAUAGAACUCCACGGGUUUGCUGAUUCUUCACAACUGGCGUAUGCAGCUUCUAUAUACAUACGUAUAAUUAAACCUAAUGGUACUAUAUCGACUUGUUUGCUGUCAUCGAAAACUAGAGUAACUCCCAUAAAACAGAUAAGCUUACCACGUUUGGAACUUUGCGCUGCGCAUCUUAUGGUAAAGCUUAUGGCCAAGGUAAAGAAUGCAUUUGGAUUCCACGACGUGCCAACCUAUGGUUGGACUGAUUCAACAGUUGUUCUGGCAUGGAUCAGUGAUCAUCCUGUCAGAUGGAAGACUUUUAUUGCGAAUCGUACAUCAUACAUUAUCGACAAAUUACCCGCGACACAAUGGCGACACAUUUCAUCACAGUUUAACCCAGCGGAUUUGGCCACUAGAGGCGUUUCAUCUUCCGAUAUUAUGGAUAAUAGAUUAUGGUGGCAAGGCCCGCCUAUUCUUCAAAAUCCUACGCUCCCUUGUCAAUCAACAUUUGAAAUGGUUAAUGAUACAGAUUUGGAACGGAGAAAGAACAUUUCUACGGCAAUUGUUCACAAUGCCGACGAAUUUAAUAUUACCGAUCGUUAUUCGAAUUUCAAUACCCUACUUAGAAUCACAGCUCUGGUUCUACGUUUUAUUAACAACUGUAAAUUUAAAGGCGACACCUCCAGGAGAAUUCGAGGGUUCAUAACCACGUCAGAACUUAAAGCUGCUCAAUUAUCAUUGGUAAAAUUGUCUCAAGAUAAAUUCUUCUAUAAUGAAAAACGUAUUUUGGCUGCCCAAGGAUCUAUUUCAAGAACAAAUAAACUAGCUGCGCUUACCCCUUUUUGGACCCUCAAGGAUCCCUUAGCUUCUCUUAUCGUAAGACAUUAUCAUCUACAUCACCUUCAUGCCGGCACUAGGCAGUUACAAUACUUGUUGAGUUUAAAAUAUUGGAUACCAGACGUCAUUCAUCUUAUCAAAAGAACGGUUUAUAAAUGUACCACUUGCAUGAGGUUUAGGCAAAUUCCGUAUCAACAACGAAUGGGUGACCUUCCAAGCUAUCGUGUACAACCCUGUCCAACUUUUGAACGUGUGGGAGUUGACUUUGCCGGACCAACAUUAGUAAAAUCCUGGAAAGGUCGCGGUUCCAAAAAUUAUAAAUGUUGGAUUGCCGUAUUUGUUUGCCUAAGUACAAAGGCAAUUCAUCUAGAAGCAGUGACGGAGCUUUCUGCAGCAGCAUUUAUGGCAACCCUUCGACGGUUUGUAUCAAGACGUGGUAAGCCUAGACACAUAUAUACAGACAACGGUACAAAUUUUGUGGGAUGUAACCAGGAACUAAAGGAAUUAUUUGAAUUUCUGAGUGAUAACUUUGAGAAUAUUAAUCAGGAGCUUUCCUUUCAAGAAAUUCAAUGGCAUUUUACUCCGCCCUCGGGUCCAACUUUUGGCGGCAUUUGGGAGGCAGGCGUUAAAUCAGUGAAAUUUCACCUGAAACGAGUAUUGAAGAAUUCAAGUGCAACUUAUGAGGAGCUAUCUACACUUCUAUGUCAAAUAGAAUGUUGUUUAAAUUCACGUCCCUUGUGCCUGAAGUUUGAAGGUGAUGAAGAUCCACUUACUCCAGGACAUUUCUUGAUUCUUCGCCCGAUGGUAUCAAUACCAGAUGAAAAUUUGAUAAAUGUGAACGUUAAUCGCCUUACUAGAUGGCAAUAUAUGCAGCAUCUUGUUCAACAGUUCUGGUCAAAAUGGUCGAAGGAGUAUUUGUGUCAACUACAGAGAAAACCAAAAUGGGUCCAAAUUUCUAAAAAUCUUCAAAUUGGUGACAUGGUGUUAAUAAGAGAGGACAACUUGCCCCCCGCACAAUGGCUGAUGGGUAGAAUACUUUUGACACAUCCUGGCAAUGACGGUUUGCGCUCCAGGUGCAAAAAUGUAAAAAUAAGGAUAACAUUUCUAUGCUGUGCAAAUUCGUCAGGAUCUCAUAAAAUAAAACUUUUAGUAAUAGGAAAAUCGAAAAAUUCUCGCAUUUUUAAAAAUUUUAUCUGUCCCGUAAACUACAGAAAUUCAAAGUCUGCUUGGAUGAUCUUUCACAACUGUUUUGUGACAGAGGUGACAGAUUUUUUAAAGAAGAAAGGAUUACCAGUAAAAGCUUUACUCCUAAUUGAUAAUGCCCCAUCCCAUCCACCAGAAUCCGACCUUAAAUCCGAGGAUGGUUCCAUAGAAUCUAUGUUCAUGCCUCCAAAUGUAACGGCUCUGAUCCAGCCAAUAGAUCAAAAUGCAAUUAGAAUCACCAAACUUCAUUAUAGGAACAGUUGCAUGAAUCGAUUAAAAAAACACACUUAA